GAACGAGGUAAAAGUGAGGAGCUUUGAAGCUUAAACUCCUGGAAAAAAGGAAGAAAAAGAAAGACCAAAGCUAGCAAACAGAACUUCAUACCAGUAGCAGCAAAGGUCGCAACAACUUCUUUUUGCCUCCAUCUCUUUGUUCCUAUGUACGUCCUUGGCCAACCCUGUUCAUUGUUUGCAUUCCUUAGAAUUGGGUUUCCUCUGGCUUCAAGUUCCGAGCACUCUAGCCCAUCUGGGUCAGGCGCAAUUGUGUCAGAAUUAUGCUUCAUAGUUUAUGUCGGCUACGUGUUUGACAGAGGCAUAUUAUCUACUGAGAUCGCAAAGUUCAAAGUUUUGUAAUUUCUCUAAGCAAUGGGUGGGUUUCUGUCUUGCCUUGGUCUUGCUGAUAGCCCAGCACAAAAUGCUAACGGCAACCACAGGGAUCGAUCUUCCGAGAGUUCCAGCUCCCUUUUCAUGGAGCGUGGAAACCAAAGCGGAAUGUCAAGUAAGGGAGAAAAUUUAGUAGCAGUUAUUUACCCCUCAAAGCUUGCUGCUACAGACUUGGAUGACUUUCUCCCAUCAGGUGCGGUGGACGAAUGUCCCAUAUGCCUUGAAGAGUAUGAUAGUCAGAAUCCGAGGACUGACAUGCAAUGUAAGCACUAUUUUCAUCUUUCCUGCGUGCUGGAGUGGGCGCAGAGAAGUGCAGCAUGUCCAAUAUGCAAUCAGGAGUUUGUAUUUGAGGAAGAAACCUGAAGAGAGAGCACGAGUAUACAACUUGCCGAGAGCCAUGGCACCUUGUAGAAAAAGAAGCCCCUUUUUCUCUGGAUUCUGCAAACAAAACUCUUCACCAUCUACAAUUUUGGCGAUCUAUUUGUUCAUUUCAUUCAAUUCGUG